CAUCGCCUUGGCCUAGCUCGCCGGUAGAAACUGACCCUCAAAACGAAGUCCUGUCCCCGCCUUUUCGACACGUCAACUUUGUCUCAGUCUCACUUUUGAGCAGCCUUCAUCCAUUAUGCAGGAAGUCCAGAGGUCAUACCCGGAGCGCGGCUACGACGCCAACCCUCCUGUUUACCAUGGGGACGACAUCUCCUCCGAGGGCAAGAAGAGCGACCCCGAGCUCAACAUGCCUCUCGACAAGACCGCCACAGUCCAGGAGGGCUCCGAGAGAUUCAACCAACUGGGAUGGAAGCGUCUCACCAUUUGCCUGAUUGUCGAAGCCAUUGCUCUUGGGUCUCUCAGCAUUCCCAGUGCGUUCGCAAAGCUUGGAAUGGUUGCCGGUGUCAUCAUGUGCGUGGGUCUCGGCCUGAUUGCCAUCUAUACGUCAUACGUCGUCGGUCAGGUCAAGAUGCGCUACCCGCACGUCAAUCACUACUCGGAUGCCGUGCAGCUCAUCUGGGGUCGCUUCGGAUACGAGCUCGUCGGAGUCAUGUUCGCGCUAUUCCUGAUCUUGCUUGUUGGAUCCCACGCUCUGACCGGUACCAUCGCCUUCAUCAACAUCAUCGAUAACUACCAGAUCUGCGCACUAGCAUGGGGCGUGGUUUCACUCAUCAUCCUGCUCCUUCUUGCUCUCCCGCCAUCCUUUGCGGAAUUCGCGAUUCUGGGCUACAUUGAUUUCGUCAGUAUCAUUGUCGCAAUCCUGGUUACUAUUAUCGCGACCGGUGUCCAGGCGCACAACGCGCCUGGUGGCCUUGCCGCGGUUUCAUGGUCUGCAUGGCCCCCGGAGAACACCACAUUCUACGAGGCAUUCUUGGCAACCACCAACAUUGUCUUUGCCUACUCCUUCGCAGUCUGCCAGUUCUCGUUUAUGUCUGAGAUGCACACCCCUAAGGACUACGUCAAGUCCAUCUGGGCGCUUGGUCUGAUUGAGAUCUUCAUCUACACAGUCACAGGAGCUCUCAUCUACGCCUUUGUCGGUGCUGAUGUCAAGUCUCCUGCUCUGCUUUCCGCAGGUGAUACCGUGUCCCGCAUUGCUUUUGGUAUUGCUCUGCCUGUCAUCUUCAUCUCCGGAUCGAUCAACGGUACGGUUGUCGGCAGGUACAUUAUGGACCGCGCGUUCCCCAACUCGCCUAUCCGCUACGUCAAGGGUGCUCGCGGCUGGGGCGUCUGGUUUUGCCUGAUCACUAUUAUCACGGUCAUUGGCUGGAUUAUCGCCGAGGCCAUCCCCUUCUUUAACGCGCUCCUCGGUCUCAUUUCCUCCCUGUUCAUCUCAGGUUUCACCUUCUACUUCCCCGCGCUGUUCUGGUUCCAACUUGUCAGGGAAGGCGGCUGCUUCUCUAGCCGCAAGAACAUUGCGCUGACUUUCCUCAACGCCGGUGUACUCAUCAUCGGUAUCGUUAUCCUUGGUGCUGGUACCUACGCUUCGGUCGAGGACAUCAUUCACCAGUACAGCGGCGGCAAUGUUCGCAGCGCGUUUACCUGCUCCGCUGUGUCUUACACAUAAAGCAUGAUUAUGAGCAUUUAGCACGGCGUUUGUUAUUUAUAUAUCAGUCUGGAUAGACGAUGCAAUGAGUCUGGGUAAUGUCUGCAAGAUACCAGCAUGUACUAUUUUAUGAUCUACAAAUCGAAUCAUGAUCUCAUCCAAGUUCCAAAAUGAGCUCUAUACACAGUGAGACCUUUAACUGACUCAGCAAUGGCUGCAGGUGGUGCGCCCUCAACAAUCUAAACCUUGAAACGCAGCACAUUUCACGCGGAAAGUUAGCUGCUCAAACGGACGUUCACACAUCAUCGAUGUAAUCUUCCGCCCUGCCACUUCUCAAACAAUUCUUUCCAACAGGAUUCCCGGCACAAUCCUCCCAAACACCGCUCU